AGAUUCUUAGGGAAGCAUGGAUGGUACCACAAAUAUGACAGUGCUUUCUGCUAAUAAUAACACAUGCCAUGACAAUAUUGAUGACUUCCGCAAUCAAGUAUAUUCUACCGUGUAUUCUAUGAUCUCCAUUGUGGGCUUCUUUGGCAAUGGCUUUGUGCUCUAUGUUCUCAUAAAAACAUACCAUGAUAAGUCAGCCUUCCAAGUGUACAUGAUUAAUUUAGCAGUGGCUGAUCUACUGUGUGUGUGUACACUGCCUCUCCGUGUGGUCUAUUAUGCUCAUAAAGGCAUUUGGUUCUUUGGUGACUUUUUGUGCCGCCUUAGCACUUAUGCCUUGUACGUUAACCUCUACUGUAGCAUCUUCUUUAUGACAGCCAUGAGUUUUUUCCGGUGUGUUGCAAUUGUAUUCCCUGUCCAGAACAUUAAUUUGGUUACACAGAAAAAAGCCAGGUUUGUGUGUGUUGGCAUUUGGAUUUUUGUAAUUUUGGCCAGUUCUCCAUUUUUAAAGAGCCACUCUUACAAAGAUGACAAAAACAAUACCAAGUGUUUUGAGCCUCCAAAAGACAGUCAAGCUAGAAAUGAUAUUUUAGUCUUGCAUUAUGUGUCAUUUUUUUUUGGCUUCAUCAUUCCUUUUGUUAUUAUAAUGGUCUGUUACACAAUGAUCAUUUUGACCUUACUGAAAAACUCAAUGAAGAAGAAUCUGUCAAGUCGUAAAAAAGCUAUUGGAAUGAUCAUAGUUGUAACAGCUGCCUUUUUGAUCAGCUUCAUGCCUUAUCAUAUUCAACGCACCAUCCACCUUCAUUUUUUACACAAUGAAACUCAACCUUGUGAUUCUGUACUUAGAAUGCAGAAAUCAGUGGUCAUAACCUUGUCUUUGGCUGCAUCAAAUUGUUGUUUUGACCCUCUCCUGUAUUUCUUUUCAGGGGGGAACUUUAGAAGAAGGUUGUCUACAUUUAGAAAAAAUUCUUUAUCCAGCAUGACUUAUGUACCCAAAAAGAAGCCCUCCUUGCCAGAAAAAGGAGAAGAAAUAUGUGAUGAAUAGUUUAAACCCAUCUCCAGCAUAAACCAAUCAGAAGAAUUCUCCCAAACAAGUAUUUUCUCAAAUGAUUUCCAAAGAAAAUUAAAAGUUUCAUUAAUAAUUU